CGUUGCUGCAUCUCAGAAACCAGAAGGCCAUUUCAGAUAAAACAGGUGGAACCAUUUGACGCUUUACUGUGGUGGACCAAACAGUAAUAGACUUGCGCCCAUAGACUUUAUCUGUAGUGACGGGGUAUAAGGAAAAUCAAGGAUUGACGGAAACCUUUCCAGACAUUUCUGGCCAAUAUUUUGAGGGUUCUUAAGCUUGUGACAGAUAGGGCGAAGAUGGAACAGAGGAGCGUGGAAGUGUUACGGUUAACUGCCGGGGAAACCACUGCCUUGGUCCCAGGGGUUAACCUGAUCUGUAAGGAAAGAGGCAACUUUAUCAUUUACAAGGAUCCAGCGAACACCGAGGAACCGUACAAGGCUUGUCGAAACAUCUGCAAGCAUCAAGGCGGCACGUUUGUUAGAGAUGUGGAAGAUUCCACCUGCAGUAUUCUGCGAUGCACCAAGCACGGCUGGAAGCUAGACUCCUCCAGCAUGAAGUAUGUCAACCCUCCGGACAGCUUCAAACAGGACAAGUUAGUUCCAGAGUUAGACGAAGAUGGGGGAUUAGCCUUGGUGGAGCUGAUUCCGCCUAAACCGUGGGACAACGACGCGAGACGCCCGCAGACUAUCCGACUCGGAGAAGUGCAGUUGACGUUUUUCGCGCAUGCGUGUAUGGAGCUGAAGUUGGGAGACAAGACGAUGUUUUUCGACCCGUGGCUGACUGGACCCGCCUUCGCCAGGGGGUGGUGGCUUCUGCACGAGCCGCCCUUUGAUUGGCUGGAGAGGCUGUCACGUGCUGACCUCAUUUACAUAAGUCACGUACACUCGGACCAUCUGAGCUACCCGACUCUAGCACUGCUGUCGGAAAAGAACCCAAACAUCCCGAUCUACGUUGGAGACACGGCUAUGCCGGUAUUCUGCAAGCUGGAGCAGAGCGGGGUCCAACUGAACAACAUCAACGUCUGCAGUUUUGGUGUGUGGCAAGAGAUCAAUGCUGACCUCCGCUUCAUGAUCCUGAUGGACGGCGUACAUCCUGACAUGGACACCUGCAUCUUGGUGGACUACAAGGGCCACCUGAUCCUGAACACCGUGGACUGCACACAGCCUAACGGUAUGCAGCUGCCCAAGAAUGUGGACAUCAUGAUGAGUGACUUCGCAGGGGGUGCAUCCGGGUUCCCUAUGACCUUUAGUGGAGGACGAUACACAGAUGAAUGGAAGGCCAGGUUCAUUGCCACUGAGCGAAAAAAGCUGCUGUACUACAAAACACAAGUAGUGCGUGAUGUUAACCCCAAAGUCUACUGUCCUUUCGCUGGCUACUUCGUGGAAGCGUAUCCUGGCGACAGGUACAUCCGUGAAACCAACACGAAGAACAGCGCGGAGCAGUUGAACUCUCUCAUCAACAGGUAUUCCGACCACAUCAUCACCUGGACACCCAAACCUGGCGCUAUCCUGGACCUGGCACUCAUUCUGGACGACACCGUGGAUCGCAGACGUGCAAUUGUGGAUCCUCCCCCGGGAACUAGGAUCUACAAAGACAACUGGGAUUUCGACUUCUACAUUAACAAGAUCAAUGAGAGCAUAGCAAGCGAGAUUUUCGCCUUCCCAGACUGGAUCCGGUUCUACUACGAGUGGGCGGGGUUCAGAGACUACAACCUAGUUCUGCGGAUGAUAGAAACAGAUGAAGACUUCCAUCCUAUCGAGGGAGGGUACGACUUUCUGGUGGAUUUCGAAGACCUGAGCUUCCCCGAACAGCGACCGAGUAGGGAGCAUGCGUACUUGGAGAUCAAGAACCGGAUCGGAGUCCACCGCCAGACAGUUCUGAAGGGUCUGUUUUGGGACGACCUGUACAUCGGCUUUCAGAACAGGAUAUCUCGUAACCCAGACACGUUUCACUUCAGGUUCUGGAACCACAUGCAGAUCCUUCUUCCACAGCAGCCACCUGAUUGGCCAGGCUUCCUGCGCAGACAGCGCCUGAUUCAUUUCGAGAGACCGUCAGACAAGAACGACUCAAUUGUUCCCCGUCUACUGCAGAAACUGAGCAAGGCGAAGGCUCUUCUCGUUCCCGGGAUUAUCGCAUCGCUGGCAACGGUUGUUUACUUCGCGAUCACCAUGACAACUAAGCAAUAAAACAAUACACAUUCUUUUUGAAGAAAUAUGGGAUUCAAGUGAGGCAUUUCGUACACAAAUCGUUCCACGUGUUCUUCAAUUCAUCUAUCGUUUUCCACUUCUAUUUCUUGAACAUACAUAAUCAUCAUAAAUUAUAUAGAGGUUAAACAAAACGAUCAUGACUUAAGUCAAUAUAUACAACUUAACUUAUGUACAACUUAUGUACAACUGGUGGAUGUGGACUGGUCAGUGUUUUUAUACUGGGUGGCAGGGUGUUCAUAGAUUAAUGUUAAGAAAUGUUUGAAUUUUACUAUCUGGUACAUGACUUUAUUGUGAAUAUUGCAAGUGAGGAAAUCGCACCCCAUUGCACUAGUAGAUACACGAAAGAAAGCCUUGGAAUAGUGCUUAUUUAGUACGUUAUGUUAAUUCAGAUAUUCAUGCAACAAGUAACUAUAUCAAGGGUCAACCAAACAACGCACAUACAUUCUUACCCCAUCUAAAACUUGAAAAAAAAUAGUAUUCCGACCAACCCAGGAAUGUCCAGGCACAUAUAGGUCACUAAUAGCAUUUGAAUAUGUACAUGGGGUAAGAGAAUGAGUACUACAAUAUAUAAUGCAAUAUGUACUACAAUAUAUAAUGCAAAUUCAAUACAAUACAAUACACGUAGCGUAGCCAUCAUUUCUGUACUUAGGGAACUGGUAAGGAGGCAUUGUGAGUUCCGAACUGGUAGAUGUUAGCAUCGCAGCCCAGAAACUAAUGUAUAUACAUGAUUUCUUGAAUGUACAAUCUAGUCGCUGGUAUGUAUCUGUCAUGCGAACACGUCACUUACAAUGCAGAAUAAAUAUGCAUGUAGCACACC